AUGCGCCCACCUGACUUUUGGGCCUGGCUGACAGUUAGGCCCGGGUCGCGGGGCCACUCAGCCCAACGACACCCCUUCAGGCCCAGGCUGCAGUUCUUUCUGGGCAGCACGGCCGUGGCCCUGACCGCGGUGCUGAUAUCCAUGUUCGUGGGCGUCUUCCAGACGCAGUCGCCGAUGUCCGUGGGCGCGUCCGCGGGGGGCCUUGCGCCCCACCAGGAGGGCAGCUGGCCGUGCUACAUGGCGGCGGAACGAAGGACAAGGGCACUGAGAUAUAAGAUAACAAAAGACGCCUGCGUGAUGAAAUACACAUUCAUAGUGAACAUUGUGGAUGCCAUCAAGAGGGUCCACAUGUGCACUGGAGUGGUUUUUGGGCCACGAACUGUGUUGGCACCUGCAUAUUGUGUUGACAAAACAGUCAAUCCAGCUGCGGAUGCUUUCCCGCUGGUCAGGAUCAGCAGCUAUCAUCUCAAUGGCACAGUGAACAAGGAAGGUGAACAGGGAGUUGAGGUCCUGGUGCCCACAUGCCGGCGCAUCUUGCACUCUGACUUCACUGGCAACCCAUCACAUGGGAGGGACAUUGCCUUGCUGAUCCUCCAAAGAGCCAUCUGCUGCCAUAUGUCCCCCAUCCGCUCCAUUCCUAUAGGCCGCUGCAAGGACGAUAAUCUGGCAACGUUUGGGUGGUUUGCGGAUGACAACGGGCUUCGCUCUUCGCACUUGGAGGUGUUGCUCAACCAAUGGCCAAUGGACUGCGAUGCUUGCAAAGCACAGCUGAAGGAGCUCCCGGAGGGUGUGCUAUGCACUGCCAGGGGACCUUGGGGCACCGCUCAUGUGUAA